AUGUCGUCGCGCUUCCAGCCCUUUGCGCCCAACCCGGCCACCCGCCCUCAGAACGUCGGCAUCCACGCGAUCGACCUGUACUUCCCUCUGCGCUGCAUUGACGAGGCCGACCUCGAGCGCUUCGAUGGCGUCGCCGCUGGCAAGUACACCAUUGGCCUCGGCCAGGAGAAGAUGGCGUUCUGCGACGACCGAGAGGACAUUAACUCGUUCCUCCUCUCGGUGACCAAGUCGCUCCUCGAGAAGUACGACAUCCCGCCGUCGUCGAUCGGCCGCAUCGACGUCGGCACCGAGACGCUCAUCGACAAGAGCAAGUCGGUCAAGACCAUCCUCAUGGACCUGUUCCCGGGCAACUCGGACAUCGAGGGCAUCGACUCGAAGAACGCGUGCUACGGCGGCACGGCCGCCCUCUUCAACGCGUGCAACUGGGUCGAGUCGAGCAGCUGGGACGGCCGCUACGCGCUCGUCGUCGCGGGCGACAUUGCCAUCUACGCCGAGGGCGGUGCGCGCCCGGUCGGCGGUGCCGGCGCGUGCGCCAUGCUCAUCGGCCCUGACGCUCCCCUCGUCCUCGAGCCGGUCCAUGGCACCCACAUGGCCAACGUGUACGACUUCUACAAGCCGCACCUGUCGUCCGAGUACCCCGAGGUCGACGGACCCCUGACGCAGACGUGCUACCCGACCGCGCUCGAGACGUCGUACGACCACUUCCGCCUCAAGGAGUCGCGCCGCCUCGGCAACGCCAAGGGCGACAAGAAGGACGUGUCGCUCGACGACUUUGACUACGCGUGCUUCCACUCGCCGUACGGCAAGCUUGUCCAGAAGGGUUACGCCCGCCUCCUGUACAACGACUACCUGUCGAACCCGACGGCCGACAAGUUUGCAACGGUCCCGGCGCACCUCGGCGAGCUCGACCGCGCGACGACGGUCCUCAACAAGGAGGUCGAGAAGACGUUCACGGCGCUGUCGUCGGCCGAGUUCAAGGCCAAGGUCGGGCCCGCGACGCUCACGAGCAAGAAGCUCGGCAACAUGUACACCGGGUCGCUGUACGGCGCGCUCGCGUCGCUCCUCGACGGCGUCGACUCGGCGACGCUCCAGGGCAAGCGCGUCGCCAUGUACUCGUACGGGUCGGGCCUCGCCGCGAGCUUCUUUUCGCUGCGCGUCAAGGGCGACACGAGCGAGAUGCAGAGCAAGCUCGACCUCAAGCAGCGCCUCGAGAACAACCAGGUCCGCCCGUGCGAGGAGUUUGUCCAGGCGCUCCAGCUCCGGGAAGACAAGCACAACAUCUCGGACUACACGCCGGCCGGCCGCAUCGAGGACAUCCCCGUCGGCGCCUACUACCUCGCGCACUGCGACGGCAAGCACCGCCGCGUGUACAAGGUGCGCGGCCAGGAGGGCAAGGCCGACGUCGUCGAGAACGGCAACAACGCGCCCGACGCGCAGCAGAUCGCCUAGAGCGUGGAGCGCCCGCUCGACGAUCGACGGUAGAGGAGUAGGAGGAGGAGGAUAGAGAACGGACGGACUAGAAGGAGGAGGAGGAAGAGGACGAAGACGAGGGGCGUGGUCGCUGGACGACGGAGGAGGGAGCUUUCCUCGGGGGACGAGUCUCGCGGUCUUAUACUCUCGCAGUCGCAAUGUUCCUUAUGCAGCUUUC